CUUCACACCAUUCCACCCUGCAGUGAUAGCGUCGUCACCCACGACACACGUAUUACACACAGAACCCACACUCCCCGCUAGUAUUCCCAUGACGCCGGCACCGACAAUGGCGGCGACGACAACGCCCGGUGAAGGGGACUCUGAUGCGGUGCACACGGGAUUUGCGGAGUUGCCCUGGCAGGUGCACAAGUUCGGGGGCACUUCCGUCGCGACGGCGGAAUGUUUCCUCGCCGUCGCCCGUGUUCUGGAGCACGAGUUGGAGAUUGACCCCGUACAUUCUUGCAUCGCUAUUGUAGUCUCUGCCGUGGGGGGAAAGCCCAAGGUUACCGACUUGCUCCUGGACACCGUCAAGGCGGCGGCGCAGCGGGAUGCGCAGGGCGUCGACAGCCUCCUAGAGGUUGUUCUCCAAAAGCACCACGACUGCCUCGCCGCGCUCUUCGUCAAGGAACCUAGCGAACGCGAUCGACUCAUGGAGAUCAUUCAGGGAGAUAUUAUUGACAUUCGGGAUAUUCUCAAAACGGUCGCCCUCAUGAAAUGGCAAGCCGCCCGCAUCUCCGAACUCGUUUCGGGAUACGGCGAGCUCUGGUCGGCACAAAUUCUUACCGCUUUGAUGCGACUGCAGUACGUCUACCUCGACGCGCGGAGGGUCAUUACGGUUGACGAAGAAGCCAUCCACAACGGCGCCGUCGUUUGGGAACUCUCGCAAGAGAAACUGGACCGAGUCUAUCGAGAGGAAUUACAGAAACUCCCCCAAGCCGCGAUUUUGCAUUUCGUUAUUACUGGAUACGUCGCCAGCAACACGGAAGGAGUCGCCACAACCUUACAACGUGACGGUUCCGAUUACUCCGCCGCCAUUAUGGGACGACUUCUGCAGGCACACAAAAUCACCAUUUGGACCGAUGUGGACGGGGUACUCUCGGCCGAUCCUCGACGUGUCCCCCUGGCGCAAAUCCUGCCCGAAGUCUCCUACACCGAAGCCAUGGAAUUGGCCUACUUUGGCGCCAAGGUCAUUCACCCCAAAACCAUGCAGCCCGCUAUUUCCAGCUCACCACAGAUUCCUAUUUUCAUUCGAAAUACCUUCAAUCCGAGUUUCCGAGGUACCCGCAUUUACGCACCCGGUCUCAACAAGGACAAGGACAAGGUGGUGACGGGAUUUAGCAGUGUCGAAGAUAUGGCGCUCCUCAACGUGGAAGGAUCCGGACUCGUCGGUGUCUUGGGCGUCGAUCGACGGCUCUUUGCCACACUCGAACGGAUCGGCGUCAACGUCGUCCUUAUUUCACAAGGCUCCUCCGAACACUCCGUCACCUUUGCCACCAAGGAGAGCCAAGCCAACAGCGCCAAACUCGCCAUUGAAGAAGAAUUCCGCCGCGAAUUGCUCCAGCACCGCAUUUCUAAAAUCGAAAUCCAGGCGCCCUGCUCCAUUCUUGCUGCCGUCGGUGACAACAUGGCGCUCACGACAGGCGUAGCCGGCCGCUUCUUUUCUGCUCUCGGCGACGCUAAAAUUAACAUUCUCGCCAUUGCCCAGGGUUCCUCGGAACGCAACAUCUCCGCCGUCGUACUCACUUCGGAAUCGUCCCGGGCCCUGCGUGCCGUCCACGCGGCCUUUCGCCUCUCACAUUCCACCGUACGUGUCGCCAUUGUCGGUAUGAAUGAAUUGGGAAUUUCGCUACUCAAGUUGCUGGAAUCGCAAAGAUCAUCCCUUCGAUCGACUUUCGAUAUCGAUCUACAAGUGUGCACUAUUUUUGGUGGUUCCAAUUCUCUAUUGCUCGGGGCUCCGGCGACAAAUGCUUCGCAGACGUCCUUUCGCGACGACGAAACGACUUUUCUGGAAGACGGCGGCCGGGACGUCCUGCUCAACCGCCUCAUUCGCAACGAAUGCCCGAGUCACGUGAUUUUCGAUUGUACCAACGACGAAGAAUUGGGUCAGUCGCAUGCCGCAUGGUUGCGCGCCGGCGUCAACGUCGUGACAGCCAACAACACGGGUAUUUCGGGACCUGCGGCGCAGCGCGAAGAAAUCGCGGAAGCCGAACGAGCCCAAGGAAAGAAUGGCGCCAAGUACCUACGCGAAGUUACCGUUGGUGGCGGCUUGCCAGUUAUUAAUACGCUACGGUCACUACUCCAUUCGGGAGACAAGAUUCGUCGUAUCGACGGUAUCUUGUCCGUGAGUCUCUCGUUCAUUAUGUUUCGCAUUUCUCCGGCGACUGAUAUUGCGAAAUGCACCGUGAAAGAAGCCAUCGCGCUCGGAUUGAUGGAAGAAGACCCGACCAAGGAUUUGAACAACGAAUACACGUCUCGUGUGCUCAUGGUGCUGGCGAAAGAAUUGAAUAUGGACAAAGGUGUGGAAGUGAGCGAUAUUCGCGAUUCCAGCGACAAGCUUUUGGAAUUGAUUUGCGGCGAGACGGUGGAUUACACCAAGUUUUCGCCCGCAGUGGAUGAGCUAGUACAGGCACGGGUGGAUGCCGCUAAAUCUCGCGGUUGUGUGCUCCGUCACAUUGCAAGCGUGGAUGUCAAGGCCAAGGAGCUCUCCAUUAAAGUUGUAGAAGUUCCGGAACACCAUGUUCUAGCCGUGACACCCCCGAGUUGCGAAUGUGUGCGGUUCUUCACCCACCGUCACCAGCGCUACCCUCUAAUUGUGCAAGGACCUAGUGCUGGUGCCGACUCGACCGCAAGUGCUCUCUUAGCCGAACUACUACAGCUU